GUGUCUAUGUUCGAUGCAAACCAGCAUCUGCAGUUCCUUCCUUGGCACUUCAAUAUAAUCCGGCCUAGCAACGAAGGGUUCUAUUAUUUAUUACCAAGCGUCACGAAAGGGAGGUGUAUUUUCCUCCCCUCGGUGUACGGUUUCUGAUUCGUCAAUUAAUGAAGAUGUCUAACGAUCAUGCUCUAUUAAGUCGCUUGGAGCAGAGGGCUGUUGAAGCUGACCAAGUCAUUGAAUACCUUAAACAACAAGUGGCACUACUUAAAGAGAAAGCAGUUCUCCAGGCAGCGCAAAGAGAAGAAAAGAGACUUCGUGUUGAAAAUGCAAAGUUGAAGAGUGACAUAGACGAUUUAAAACAGAAACUCGUUGAAGCGGAGACCUGUAAUGGAGUUAAACAAAUGCCACUUCCAUCAGUGGCUUUCGUUCAGUCCACUUGUUUGUCUCCACAAACGGCAGUGGAUGCUACAAAGGCAAAUGUGACAACACCAGACGUAAGUGAAGACAAAGGAAAGCAAGAUAAGCCGGACAAGAAACCAGAUAAAAAAGGAGAAAAGAAAGAGAAGAAACAGACAAUGGGAAGUGGCGAUGAUUCCAAACCAAUUGACGUUUCUCGCUUAGACCUACGUGUUGGGUGCAUCACCUCUGUUAAAAGGCAUCCUGAUGCUGACUUGCUUUAUGUUGAAGAGGUUGAUGUUGGAGAAACCAAUCCAAGAACUGUUGUCAGUGGACUUGUGAAACAUGUGCCCAUGGAGGAGAUGCAAAAUCGACUGGUAGUAAUGCUAUGCAACCUUAAACCAUCUAAAAUGCGGGGAGUACUCUCUCAAGCCAUGGUGAUGUGUGCAAGCUCUCCAGAGAAAGUUGAAAUCUUGGAUCCUCCGUGUGACGCUCUUCCUGGGGAGAGAGUAACUUUUGAAAACUAUCCUGGUGAACCUGACAAGGAGCUAAAUCCAAAGAAGAAAAUAUGGGAUCGUAUUCAACCUGACCUGAGGACCAAUGAAGAAUGUAUUGCCACAUACAAAGGAACUCCAUUUGUAGUGAGAGGAAUGGGCGUUUGCAAGUCUCAGACAAUGGCUAAUAGUGGAAUCAAAUAAUAAUGUCUAAUCUUGCAGAGAAUACAAUAAAUGCUUGAAAACAUAA